UCUGUUACUUGGCCUCAGGAGCGCACUGCUCUCGUCCAGAAGGGCAACGAGGACCAACGAAGGGCAAGAAGGAGCGAGCGAGGAGUAAAAUGGCGAUGGAUCUGGAGGUGUGGGUUUUGACGGAAGGGUUCGGGCUCGGCACCAAUUAAGCGGCAGGUGCCUGCACGUGGAGAUUGGUGUCUGGAGGCGAGGCAAGAACGAAGCAAGUGUAUCCGCGGGCGUACACUCGAAGCGUGAUUUCGGCGUCCAGCCACAUCUGUGAUGGCCGCUCGCGCAAAAUUUCCGCCUCGAAGGGUUGAGUCAUGAAUCGCGAGAGUUGCUUUCGGGGCAAUGACGGUUAUUUCUGUGACCCUUAAUUUGACGACAUUCUGUCCUAGCUCGCGGAAGGCGAUCUUGCAGUGUUGUGCGAGGUUGUUGUCAAAAUUGACGCCGCUUUGUUUGGGCUGAGUCUCUGAUUGCCGGCAGUUAGUAAUUCACGAAGUUUCCGAUUCUUUUUAAGCCGCUUUGUGCAGUGACCGGCUGUUGGUGAUAUAAGUGAUGCGGAAUUCAAUUCUGUAAGAGGUUCUGAUUUUUUCGUUCCCGCCUUUUGGGCUUUGUUCCGGCAAUCGGGAAACGCUUUUGGGUUGGCUCCUUGCUUGGAAAGUGGGCAUUUCCCGUGGUACGAACAGCGAACUGUGUGAUCUGUAAGGUCCAGCUUUGUUCGAGGAUUCAAAAAGUAUAUUGCAAGUUUGAGGGCCGCAUGCGGUUGCAUGAUGGAACGAGAUAUGCAAAUCUCCUCGAGCGGGCCGGAGAGUGGUAUGGAUAGGCUAGAGGCUGAACCACCAAGUGAAGGCGGACUACAAACUGCUGCAGGAGACCGGUUCAUCUUCAAAGUUCCUUCAGAGCGCAAGUCUGUCCUUGGACUUGAUGCCCUAGCUCGGUCUAAACGAGCUGCUGAAGAUGAAAAAAGCUGGGGCUCGUCCAAGCGGACCCAUUUUAAUUCUUUAGCUGCAUCAGAGGGUAAUGUAGAGAACUUGUACGAAUCCCUUGAUGAUGGCGAAGAGUCUGUCAAAGGCUAUCAGCACGGGAACAAGCGUAGUGAGCGGAAAUACAGAGCUCCUGAAAGACCACAUACUCCUCACUCAAGUACUUUGACCGAGGAGUCUGACUUGGUGAACUCUCCGCGUGGGCAGAGUCGAUAUUCCUCCUCAGAUGUAUCAUAUCAUAGUUCGAAGGGGAGGGGUGAUACUCCUCGCAGGGACGGUGAUGGACGGAGCAAGUACAGCAGAGACGGAAGACGUGAUCGGGAUAACAGAUAUGAAAGAGAAUCUCCUCACCGUGAUGGACGAGAUGAUCGAGAUAGACGGAACAACACCCCUAGAAGACCCCCGAGUCGAACUCCAGUUCGAUCACCUUGGGAGGACGAGCGCUGGGAGAUGGAUGGGACCCCUAAUCGAGACUCGAGGUCCAGUCGGUCUGGAAGCGCUGCAGCCUCACCAUCAUAUGUUCCACCGUCUCCUGCUGAGCUGCGAUUGCUUUCUCCUUGGGAGGGACCUCGUGCUGACGGAUGGUCUCCAUCACCAUGGGACGCCGUCUCCCCUUCCCCAAUACCUAUUCGGGCGGGAGGUUCUUCUCGAGAACCGUCUCCCGCACGCAGUACAACGAAGCAGCAUCAGCUGAAGUUCAAGCCGCAAGCAGCAACACCGCGACAUGGAAAUAUGAAUAUAAUCUUAGAGGAUGAAACAGAUAGAGGGCGUGGCAACCCAGAGGAAGAUAAUUGGGAGGCGGAUGCCGCAACUCAGGCAGAAAUAGCACAAGCCGAGCGUGAUGUGGAUAGAUCAUGGUAUGAUAGAGAGGAGGGAACUUCAACUUUCGACGCUGACAAUGCUGCACCAUUUCUUGGAGAUGAAGCAACUUUUAAGAAAAGGGAGGCAGAACUUGCGAAGAGGCUGACUCGUAGAGAUGGGUCAAGCAUGAGUUUGGCUCAGAGCAAGAAGCUCUCCCAGUUAAGUGCCGAUAACGCACAAUGGGAGGAUCGUCAGCUUCUAAGAUCUGGUGCUGUUCGGGGCACAGAACUGCAAACUGAGUUUGAUGAUGAGGAUGAGAACCGUGUCAUUCUUUUGGUACAUGAUACAAAACCUCCCUUCCUGGAUGGGAGGGUUGUUUACACCAAGCAGGCUGAUUUAGUACUGCCAGUCAAAGAUCCAACAUCCAAUCUGGCAGUAAUUGCCCGCAAAGGGUCAGCUCUUCUACGCGAAGUCCGUGAGAAACAGAGUCAGAGUAAAUCCCGACAAAGAUUUUGGGAGCUUGCUGGCUCCAAGCUCGGAAACAUAUUGGGUGUCGAAAAGACUUCCGAGCAGGUUGACGCAGACGGUACAGAUGUAGGUAUAGAGGGUGAGGUCGAUUUCAAGGAGAACAACAAGUUCGCCACACACAUGAAAAAGGGUGAAGCUGCAAGCGAUUUUUCGAGAUCCAAAACAUUGCAAGAACAACGACAAUACUUACCCAUCUUCUCAGUUCGGGACGAACUCUUGCAAAUCGUGCGUGAAAAUCAGGUCAUCGUCGUAGUCGGAGAGACUGGCUCUGGGAAAACAACACAAAUGACUCAGUUUUUGCACGAAGAUGGACACACAACUUAUGGCAUGAUUGGUUGUACUCAACCUCGCCGAGUUGCAGCGAUGAGUAUCGCAAAGCGUGUCAGUGAAGAAAUGGAAUGUGAGCUAGGUGAUAAGGUUGGAUACGCCAUCCGUUUUGAAGACGUCACCGGUCCCAAUACGGUAGUCAAGUAUAUGACAGAUGGCGUGCUUCUUCGUGAGACUUUACGCGAACCCGAUCUCGAUCAGUACAGCGUGGUCAUCAUGGACGAGGCUCACGAGAGAUCUCUCAGUACGGAUGUUCUUUUCGGAAUCUUAAAGAAGGUGGUCGCUCGCCGGCGGGAUUUUAAGCUGAUUGUCACUUCAGCAACUUUGAACGCGCAAAAAUUCUCUGACUUUUUCGGCAGUGUUCCGGUGUUCAACAUUCCGGGUCGGACGUUUCCUGUGAACAUCUUGUAUAGCAAAAGCCCUUGUGAGGAUUAUGUCGAUGCAGCGGUUAAGCAAGCAAUGUCUAUUCACAUAUCCUGUCCACCUGGGGACAUUCUAAUAUUCAUGACCGGUCAAGACGAGAUCGAGUGCUGCUGCUUUGCACUUGCAGAACGAAUGGAGCAGCUAGAAAGUAGUAGCGAACGUGCUAUUACACCCAUGUCAAUUCUGCCUAUCUAUUCCCAGUUGCCAUCUGACCUUCAGGCGAAGAUUUUUCAAAAAGCAGAGGGUGGUGCUCGUAAGUGUAUAGUUGCCACCAAUAUUGCCGAAACUUCGUUGACUGUGGAUGGGAUUUUGUACGUGAUUGAUUCCGGGUAUACCAAGAUAAAAGUCUACAAUCCACGAAUGGGUAUGGAUGCACUGCAAGUUUUUCCUGAGAGUCGAGCAGCAGCGGAUCAGAGAUCAGGAAGAGCGGGUCGAACAGGGCCUGGAACGUGCUAUCGACUGUUUACAGAGACAGCGUAUCGUGAGGAGAUGCUUCAAAAUCCUGUACCAGAGAUCCAGAGGACCAACCUGGGUAAUGUUGUACUUCUUUUGAAGUCGCUCAACAUUGAUAACCUCCUGCACUUCGACUUUAUGGAUCCACCUCCGCAGGAGAAUAUUUUGAACUCCAUGUAUCAACUGUGGACACUGGGAGCUCUUGACAAUGUCGGGGGUUUGACCUCCUUGGGAAGGAAAAUGGUGGAAUUUCCUUUAGAUCCGCCUCUUGCCAAGAUGUUGCUCAUGGGAGAGAAGCUAAGUUGUGUGAACGAGGUCUUAACUAUAGUGUCGAUGCUAUCGGUUCCAUCGGUUUUCUUUCGCCCGAAAGACAGAGCAGAAGAAAGUGAUGCAGCACGCGAAAAGUUCUUUGUGCCUGAAAGCGAUCACCUGACUCUCUUGAAUGUGUACCAACAGUGGAAAUCUAAUCAGUAUCGCGGCGACUGGUGUAAUGACCAUUUUUUGCAUGUGAAAGGCCUGAGGAAAGCCCGAGAAGUUCGAUCGCAGCUCAUGGAUAUUCUGAAAUCACAGAAAAUUCCUCUUACCUCAUGCGGAAGUGAUUGGGACGAGGUGCGGAAAGUUAUCUGCUCUGCCUACUUCCACAAUGCUGCCAGGCUGAAAGGAGUCGGUGAAUACCUGAAUUGUCGUAACGGGAUGCCUUGUCAUCUCCACCCAAGUAGUGCCCUCUAUGGUUUAGGUUAUACACCGGAUUAUAUCGUCUAUCAUGAGUUGGUGCUCACUAGUAAGGAAUACAUGCAGUGCGUGACUGCAGUUGAACCCCAGUGGCUUGCCGAAUUGGGGCCCAUGUUUUUCUCAAUCAAAGAUUCGCACACAUCGCGACUCGAACAGCACCGCAAACAGCGAGAAGAGAAGACUGCAAUGGAACAGGAAAUGGAAGAGGUGAGAAAGAAACAAGCAUUGAAAGAGGAGCAACAGAAAGAAAAGGAGCGCGCUACACGGGCUAAGGAGAGGCAGUCCGUUGCUACUCCAGGAAUGGUCCGUGCUGGGGCGCAACCUUCUUCACGACAUCGACGUCUUGGACUGUAAUUAGGAGCAAUGUUUUGUCAGUAGUGUUGUCAGUCAACCAUUCUUUGCGUUUGUACCUCUUACAUGCAUGUAAGUAUCUAUGUUGGUGAUGCGAAAUUCGCUUUUUUCUCGCCAUAUUGGCAGACCAUCACACGCCCUGAUGUGACGAAGAUGUCAUCUGGUUUCUGAAUCUGGAGCAGUGAAGUAGGACCUGUUGUGACACCUGAAAUUUCUGGAUUGCUUCUGAACCUUGCUCCUCAAAAGUCUGCUCUCUCUAACAAUUUAACUGGGGUAUCAUCCAUGUUGUUGUACUUUUUGGUCGAAGCCUUGCACCGUUUCAAGACCAUUGGGAGGGAUGCAUGAUAAUUUACAGCAUGAGAAUACCUCGAAAUAAUAAACGGGCAGGGAUCUAUGCGCAGAUACACUGAAGAAGAGAUCUUGACUUCCUUCUUCGAUGCUUCACUUGAAGUUGACAGAGGAUGGAGGAACCACAUGUGAUGUUUGUCACGUUCAAUCAAUCUGCACAGCUCAAAGUCCUGCUUUGUUGGUCAAAGCCUUUCCGUACUGAGUGUUUAAUGCUUCUUAUACCUUGUUGGUGAAGUGUCUCUUCCUUUCGUUUGGAAUCACUUUCAGAAACCUAAAUUUUGUCUUCCAAGUGAUUAUGACAUGUCCUUGAGUAGCUUGCCAGUACUUCAGAUGGUUCUCGUCUCAUGGGCAAUGGGAGACAUUAUACAUGAUGUUGUAUCCAUCGCGUACACAAA